AUGUCCCAUAUCACCUAUUCGCAAACGGAUACCAGAUCGGACAACCUCCAUGCCCCUCGUGAUUCUCUAGAACUUGCAUCACUAGCGUCUUCCUCCCCGGAAUCUGCGGGCAGGUCCUCGGCCUCAUCCUCGCCCUCGGGCAUUUCCUCACGCAAGCUCUCCCUUGAGGACGAGGAUCCCCUAUCGGACGCACAUUCGCACGCAAAUCUUGAGUCCGGGCGAUCGAGAUCUGCCCGAUCCUACUCCAUCUCCUCUGCCUUCGAUUUCGGCAAUGCCCUCUUCCCACUAUCGCAGACCGCCGGGGGGUAUGCUCCCUUAGGAGUUCCCUCCACACUUGACCGACAAACGGGGACCGACGGCUCGCUAGAACGAAAUAAGACAUUGACCUACUUGAACGGUUUAUCAUUAGUGGUUGGGAUCAUCAUCGGAUCUGGGAUCUUUUCGUCCCCGAGUCAGGUCAACGCCAAUGCGGGGUCUCCCGGCGCGUCUCUGAUCGCGUGGGUUGUCGCAGGGUUGCUGGCAUGGACCGGGGCGGCCAGCUAUGCAGAAUUGGGCGGCGCUAUCCCUCUCAAUGGCGGAGCUCAGGUCUAUCUCUCCAAGAUUUUCGGGGAACUGGUUGGGUUUCUCUUCACUUGGAGCGCUGUUCUGGUGCUGAAGCCAGGGAGCGCCGCCAUCAUCGCGAUCAUCUUCGGCGAGUAUGUCGUUCGAGCAGUGAUACAUGCAGAUGCCGAGACUGUCAGUCCCUGGAUCAGCAAGGGAGUCGCAUUCGGAGGCGUGUUUAUGGUGACCGUGCUGAACUGCAUAUCGACCCGACUGGCUGCGCGCAUAGGGGAUUUUUUCAUGUUCUUCAAGUUCAUCGCAUUAAUAGGAGUUACUGUCAUAGGUAUUGUCGUUGCUGUGACUGGGUUCUCUUCGACCGGGAGCGCCAGUAAGGAGUGGAAAGAAGGUUGGUUCAAGGGAACGAGUACUGACAUCUCCGGCUGGGCCGUUGCAAUAUACGCGGGUCUCUGGGCUUUUGAUGGCUGGGACAACACAAAUUAUGUGAGCGGCGAGUUCAAAAAUCCUAGCCGGGAUCUUCCCCGAGUGAUUCACACGGCGAUGCCGCUGGUGAUCUUAUCUUACUUGCUGGCCAACGUUUCGUAUUUCCUUGUGCUGCCUCAUUCCACCAUAGAGGCGAGCAACACCAUUGCUGUCCAAUUUGGCGACAAGGUGUUCGGCUCCGUGGGGGCGCUUGUUUUCGCCCUGGUGGUGUCUGCAAGCUGUUUCGGGGCCCUCAACGCAACGGUCUUCACCACCGGUCGGCUGGUCUACGCUGCUGGCAAGGAAGGCUACCUUCCGUCGAUGUUCGGCAAUCUCUGGAGGGGUGGAUCCAGCACAAUGGGAAGCAAUCGAUUGCAGCGCCGCUCGUGGGCUAGCAAGGCUCUGGCCCGGAUUUUUGGAGAAAACACCAGCUUCGGGUAUACACCGAUCAACGCCAUGGCAUUAAACAGCGCCUUGACAUUGGUAUAUAUCAUUGGUGGCGAGUUCAAAACUCUGGUUACGUUCUAUGGCGUCGCAGGGUACACCUUCUACUUCCUCACGGUGCUAGGGCUCAUUGUCCUCCGAAUCCGAGAACCGUACCUGGCGCGCCCCUACAAGACCUGGAUUUCCACACCAAUCAUCUUCUGCUGCGUUAGUCUCUUUCUUUUGAGUCGCGCGGUCAUCGCCGAGCCACUGCAGACGUUGAUCGUGGUGGCCUUCAUCAUCGCUGGCGUCCCAGUCUACUUCUUUCGCAUCUACCAGCGUGAUGGGAAGAUUACGUUUCCCGGAUGGAAGUUUUGGCAAGCCAGUCGACGUCGGUAA